GAUGGUUCUCUAGAACACAACAUUUUGUCUACUUCCCUGUAUCCAGUCCAUCAUUUGGACAGCCAUGAAUUUUUUCCUGGAGAUUAUGUUGUAGAUAAUAAAGAAUCUCGACCGUACGAGUAUGGUGUAGUUAAACAAGUUGAUCACAGUGGUCGAACAGCUCUAGUCACAUGGAUGAAGACUUACCAUGCUGGUGGAAAUCCUCAUCCUGAAAUAUUGACUGAAGAAGAAGUUAGUGUGUACGACAUUAAAGAUCAUCCAGAUUUUAAAUAUAGACCAGGAGCUUGUGUAAUACGUGUAGUCAACUCGGAA